GGUACCGAGUCGGUUCGAUCCGCCAUCUCCGCCUCAGAGGACUGUUCGGUUGUCGGUGAACGACAACAACCCCCCCCCCUCCCCGGAGGAAACCAUGAUGACGAUGCUGACCUCCAUGUACCUGAUGGUGCAGGCGGUGUCCUCGCAGACCAAACCGAUCCGUGUUGUGGUGACCGGCGCAGCUGGCCAGAUCGCCUACUCCCUGCUGUACAGCAUCGCCAAGGGGGAUGUGUUCGGGAAGGACCAGCCGAUCAUCUUGGUCCUGCUGGACAUCCCCCCCAUGCUGCCGGUGCUGGACGGAGUCGUCAUGGAGCUGCAGGACUGCGCCCUCCCCCUGCUGAUGGAGGUGAUCCCCACUGACAAAGUGGAGGUCGGCUUCAAGGACAUCGACGCCGCCAUCCUGGUGGGCUCCAUGCCGAGGAAGGAGGGGAUGGAGAGGAAGGACCUGCUGAAGGCCAACGUCGCCAUCUUCAAGACUCAGGGAGCCGCCCUGGACAAGUUCGCCAAGAAGACCGUCAAGGUCGUGGUUGUUGGAAACCCGGCGAACACCAACUGUCUGAUCGCCUCCAAGUCGGCUCCCUCCAUCCCCAAGGAGAACUUCUCCUGCCUGACCCGGCUGGACCACAACAGGGCCAGCUCGCAGGUGGCGAUGCGUUGCGGCGUGUCCUCUGACAAAGUGAAGAACGUCAUCAUCUGGGGGAACCACUCCUCCACGCAGUACCCCGACGUCCACCACGCCAAGGUCACCGUGAGCGGCGCCGAGAAGCCCGCCUACGACGCCGUGAAGGACGAGGCCUGGCUCCGCGGGGACUUCAUCUCGACGGUGCAGCUGCGCGGCGCCGCCGUCAUCAAGGCCAGGAAGCUGUCGAGCGCCAUGUCCGCCGCCAAGGCCAUCUGCGACCACGUGAGGGACAUCUGGUUCGGCACCAAGGAGGGCGAGUUCAUCUCCAUGGGCGUGUACGCUGCCGGGAACUCCUACGGCAUCCCGGAGGACCUCAUCUACUCCUUCCCCAUCGAGAUCAAGAACCAGACCUGGAAGAUGGUGGACGGACUCCACAUCAACGACUUCUCCCGCGCCAAGAUGGACGCCACGGCGGCCGAGCUGGUGGAGGAGCGCGACACCGCCCUGGACUUCCUGUCGCAGUGACUCGCGCCCGCCGGCCAGCGGCCGCACGGGGGGCCCCCGCAGGGCGGCUCCUCGCGGCUCUGACCGAGAAGAAGAGGAAGAAACGACCCUCGUCUCUUAUUAACCGUCCCAGCUGGCAUCUCUGUGCCCCCCCCCUCUCUCUCUUUGUGUGUGUGUGUGUCUCUAGGCCACCUUAAAAAAACCUGAUUAACCACCACAACCUCCACCGAGAAAACGUCUGUUGGACGACGACGUGCACAAGUGGAAACUGUAACAGAAACACGUUUAUCACCAAUAAAACAACAAGGAAACA